UGGCGGCCGCCGAGCGCCUGGAGGGAGCUGCUGGCCAGGCCCAGGGAGCCCUGGCCCGAGACCGCGCAGUAGCCACCGCCACCGCCGCGGCCGCCGCCACCAUGGCUGCAAAAGACCCCACAGCUGUAGAGAGCGCAAACUUGUUAAACCUGGCUAAACUGAGUAUCAAAGGACUCAUUGAAUCUGCUCUGAGCUUUGGCCGCACUUUGGAUUCUGACUAUCCCCCCUUGCAGCAAUUCUUUGUUGUUAUGAAACAUUGUCUGAAGCAUAGUCUUAAAGUAAGAAAAUCAUUUUUGAGUUAUAACAAAACCAUCUGGGGCCCUUUGUAACUGGUGGAGAAGCUGUACCCGGAAGCAGAAGAAAUAGGAGCCAGUGUCUGGGAUCUUCCUGGUCUGAAGACCUCCCUGGGUCGAGCAAGAGCAUGGCUUCGGUUAGCCCUCAUGCAAAAAAAAGUGGCUGAUUAUCUGCGUUGCUUAAUUAUUCAGAGGGAUCUUUUGAGUGAGUUUUAUGAGUAUCAUGCACUAAUGAUGGAAGAAGAAGGAGCAGUAAUUGUUGGGCUGCUGGUUGGCCUGAAUGUGAUCGAUGCUAAUCUUUGCGUGAAGGGAGAGGAUUUAGACUCAUAAGUUGGAGUGAUUGAUUUUUCUAUGUAUUUAAAGAAUGAAGAAGAUAUUGGAAAAAGGAAUGUUCAAAUUGCUGCCAUAUUAGACCAAAAGAAUUAUGUUGAAGAAUUAAAUAGACAACUGAACAGCACAGUCAGCAGCCUCCAUUCACGAGUUGAUUCAUUAGAAAAGUCAAAUACUAAGCUUAUUGAAGAGUUAGCAAUAGCAAAGAAUAAUAUCAUUAAACUCCAAGAAGAAAAUCAUCAAUUACGAAGUGAAAAUAAAUUGAUUUUAAUGAAAACACAGCAGCACCUAGAGGUUACCAAAGUAGAUGUGGAAACUGAGCUUCAAACAUGUAAGCAUUCUUGUCAGGGGCUAGAUGAAAUGUAUAAUGAAGCCAGAAGGCAGCUUCGAGAUGAAUCUCAGGUACGACAGAAUGUGGCGAAUGAGCUCGCAGUACAAGUUAGUAUGAAGCAUGAGAUUGAACUUGCCAUGAAGUUGCUGGAGAAAGAUAUCCAUGAGAAACAAGAUACUCUGAUAGGUCUUCGACAACAAUUAGAGGAAGUUAAAGCAAUUAACAUAGAAAUGUAUCAAAAGUUGCAGGCUUCCGAAGAUGGCUUGAAAGAAAAGAAUGAAAUAAUUGCCCGACUAGAAGAAAAAAACAAUAAAAUUACUGCAGCCAUGAGGCAGCUGGAACAAAGAUUGCAGCAAGCAGAGAAGGCGCAAAUGGAAGCUGAAGAUGAAGACGAAAAAUAUCUACAAGAAUGUCUCAGUAAAUCUGACAGUCUGCAGAAACAAAUCUCCCAAAAGGAGAAACAGCUGGUGCAACUGGAAACUGACUUGAAGAUUGAGAAGGAAUGGAGGCAGACUUUGCAGGAAGAUCUUCAAAAGGAGAAAGAUGCCUUAUCUCAUCUUAGAAAUGAGACUCAACAAAUGAUUAGUCUUUAAAAAGAGUUCCUUAAUCUCCAGGAUGAAAAUCAGCAGUUGAAAAAAAUAUAUCACGAACAAGAGAAAGCUCUUCAAGAACUCGGCAACAAACUUAGCGAAUCAAAACUUAAAAUUGAAGACAUAAAAGAAGCCAACAAAGCAUUGCAGGGACUGGUUUGGCUGAAAGACAAAGAAGCAACAUAUUGUAAACUUUGUGAAAAGGAAUUCUCACUCUCUAAGAGAAAGCACCACUGUAGAAACUGUGGGGAAAUUUUCUGUAAUGCCUGCUCUGACAACGAACUACCUUUGCCUUCUUCACCAAAACCAGUACGGGUUUGUGAUUCCUGUCAUGCAUUGCUCAUUCAGAGAUGCUCAUCUAACUUGCCCUGAGAUUCCUGAACUAAAUCCCUAUGUAUGAAAGUACCUACAAUGAAUGUUACGAUGUAUACAAGGUAACCAGGCAGCUCUUCUUAAGCGGCUUUCAGUCAGUAUUUGUACCAGUUUUAUCAUCUACAUAUUCAACUCAUAGAAAUUGCAAGUUAUGUAUUUAUUUCCCUAUUGUUAUUCAAAAGGAAUUUUCAACAGAGCAUGCUUAAAAAUCAUGUAACUUAACUUCAUUAAAAGGCCAGAUAGCAGAGCUAACACACAUUUGCCUUAUCUUUUAAAGGGCUUCUCAAAAAUAAGGCUUCAGAUUGUUGUUGUUCUGAAUUCCAUCAAUUUGGUAUUUGAUGGUGCCUGCAAUUCUCUUAAUGCACUUUAAAGCUUCACAGUUCUGAGACUGGAAAUGCAUAAAACUUUAUUAAUAUUCAACAUAUUUUAAUUAUCUUUUGAAGAUUUCACCUAUAUUUAUUUGUCCCUCUUCCCCCGCACCCCCUACCUUUGCCUCUUUUGCAUUAGACAGGGCCAAUAUUUUGUCCUACAAAAUUUCCUCUUGGUCUUUUCUAAAAUCAGUUAUUGUGCUUGAUGAUUUUCAGCUACAGUGGAUUAAAUUAAAAGGGGCAUUAUUCGGUCUCAGCCUCAACUUUUUUCUGUCUCAUCUUGAAAGGAAGUUACAUAUAACAAUUUCUUUUACCUGAGUUAUAGAUCUUCCCAUAUGUUGUUUCACUAAAUUGCUAUUUUUAAAGGGGUGAUUCAGACCCUAAUUCAAAGAUGAAAGCCCAAAUCCCUCCCCAGAAAAAAAUGUACAUAAUACUAGGGGAUAUUACAGGCUCCUUAUAAAGAUCCUCUCUAACCAUUAAAAGUGAGAAAAAAAUCGGAACUUUGCUUUAGUAAUGUAUUAAGAGUUCAGUUCAAAAAAAUUUGUAUGAACAUUUUCAUUGGAGUAAAUUGUAGGAAGCAUCAGACUGUAGUGGCCUACCAGUAUACAUCCACA